AUGGAGAAAGAUGUAGACACCACUCGUGAAACUACCCAAAGGAAGAGUAAAGAAAAUGAAAAAGCAUGGAUGGGAAAAACCAGUGGGGAGAACGACCAAGCAGAGAAUUUCAACUACAUUAACAGUUACCUAACGGAAAUAUUCGAGCUGGCAAAAAGUGACGGCUCGGUGUCGUCGAAAGGGGAUGGUAACGUGAAGGGCACUCAGAAAAAAAGUAGCGAACUUGGUAAAACCAUUUCGCGCCUUCACACAAAAAAUAAUAGCUUGAACGCCGAGUGGGAGUUGGACAACACGUACGAGUUUGAGACGAUGGAGAGUGGGAGUUACCCAAAUGGGAUCGUACAGUUGGUAGAAGCGGAAGAAACGGAAGAAGCGGAGGAGGCAGAAGAAGCGGAGGAGGCAGAAGAAGCGGAGGAAGCAGAAGAAGCGGAGGAAGCAGAAGAAGCGGUAGCUGCGGUAGAGGUGGCGGACGCGGGAGAGGACGCAAACGUGGAAGAGGCCUCCGCAGGGGCAUCCUUUAGCAGUGGAGGAUACGCACACGCCUUGAGGCUGAAGAAGGCGCUCACGAGCGUGGACGAACGGGACUACAACAUAUUCGGAAGCAAGUCACUGUUCAACCACUUUGGAUCAUUUAACAGGAAUGGAUACCCAGGAGUCUGGUUGAGGAAGAACGAAGAAAUUUAUAAUGCGCCAAAAGGUAAGAGUUUGCAAAAUGGGGUAAGCAUGAAGAUGGUCGAGGUGAGAGGUGAUCUUCUCAUAGAUGACGUUGUCAGGGGUAGUUGUUCAAUGGAGCGGGGCGGAAACUUCGACAUGUUGGAGGAGGAUACGUUUCAUAUGGGUAGAUCUUCAGGGGAGCAGGAGAGCGACGGAGUUAAUGUGGAUCUCCUGCUAGCGCAGCUGGGCGGUAGUAACGGACACGUCGGAGGGUUAGACACUGCCCAAACGGGAAAUCCACCGGAGCUGAACAAUAAUCUGCUCCAACUUCUUAGCAGCAGCAAUAGGGAGUUCGUUUAUGACUAUAUUAGGAAGUAUCGAGAGAUGGGAGAAUGCGUUGAAGAGGCAGGCGUUGAAGAGGCAGGCGCUGAAGAGGCACGUGUCGGAGAGGUAGGCCUUGAGGAGGCAGCCGUCGAAGGACGCGUGCAAGGGCAAAAUGCCCCCCGUUUUGAUGACUACGCGAAGGGGAAAAGCGUGUGCUUCGACCUCCCCACCCAGGAGAACAGCAUCAUGUUGAGCGAUCACGCCAUCGAGACGUAUGUGAAAAGCGACAGGGGCAACGAAGCAGGUAUUGGUUUCAAAUCGGAAAUCUCAAGAUUGAGCGGGGAGAAUAUUCGUUCGUCUGGCCAAGAAAGAGUCGAAACAAGCGGUGACAACGUAAAUCAGGACAACUGCGUGAAGUACGACCUGGGGGGGAUGGUCCAUCCUGCUCACACGAAUGCAGGGGAGUACAAGAAGGAAGGCUACGAACACACCGAUACGAAUGCCCCAAGUUUGUUUUUCAUCCCCGAAUGGGUUGGAACCGAUCAGGGAGAAAAAUGCAUGCAAGGGGGAGGUCUCGACAAGGGGGACAGUGAAGGGAAGAGAAAUAUCGCCACUCCGCCCAACCACGUGGCAUCUACAGAUGAAUGGGAUGAAAAGACUCCUUCAGUUGGCCCUAAUAUUAAGGAGUGCACCACGUCAGAGCUAUACAAUAAUUUAUUGGAACUACUAAACAAUGGAUCUCACAAUGUCAAGGCGGAAAACAUGAAUCACGAAAUAGUGAUGAACUCUGGGGAAGGCCUCAUUAGUGGCGAAACUGCCGCGUACUACCAUGGGGAUAUUCUCAAACAUGUGACACACGAAGGGGGGAGAGAUUCCCAUCUCGAUGACCACCACAGUGGUGGAAAUAAUGCAUUUACACAUCGGCCCAAUUACGAAGCAGUGCGGAACUAUGCAAAUGGGUUAAGUGGGGUGGACGAUGCUGCAAAGAUGAGGGAAAUGGAAAGAGGAGUUACCAUGGGGAAUAUCAGCAGUGCGACCUUACCAAUGAAGAGCUACUUGAAAUAUCCGACUGCCCCCUUUUCCAUUUUGCAAGAUAAUGCACGGGGUGGCUCUCGAAAUGGAGGACAGUCUACACAUGGCUCACCACACAACGUCGCUAAAAAAAAAAAUAUCAUGUUUGAAGCGUUAAAGAAUAAGAUAGGAUUUCUUCUAGACAACGAGGAUGACGAGGUGCUUCUCAGUGAAUACAUUAUGGACGCUAUAGGUGAUUAUAACCGUAGCAAAUGGGGAAGGGGCGCCAGCGGUAGGGAAAGCUUUCAAGUUGGUCGUACGUCAUUUGGGGAGGAUGCAGGAUUAGUGUAUAACCCAGUCGGGGGAGCGUCUGAGAUUGCCACAGGGAUAGACCUACAAAAUUGCUAUGCUGGACAGAGCACGCAGAAUGGCAUCCUUAAGAGUGAGACGGUUAACUACAAUUUCAGUGGAGUAACUGAACAGCUGAGCGAAGUGGAUCUCCGUGGCCAGCAUCGUCACACCGCCAAUUUGCUGCUGGGGAGGGCCCAUACUGAUACGUAUAAUGAUAGAUAUUCACAAAUGGAUCGCGUCAGAGGUGGAUCCCCGCCUCAGGGUGGAGAGUUGGCGGCGAUCCGUGAGGACAAAUGGAGGGCGGACAACGUCAAUGGUGGCAGCCCGCACGUGAGGAACAGAACCCAAAGGAGCAGCAUCGCCAAUCUGAAAUUGUUCCUAGCGAACAGCUUAAUGGCGAACAACAUCAGUAAUUCGAGGGGCGCGCCGGAUGGAGCUGUAGGCGCCGUUGGUGGUGCAGGGUUAGCGGUGGAGGCGGGCAUCCCCAGCGGGCAAACCAGCGGGAACAUCAGCGGGAACAUCAGCGGGAACGUCAGCGGGAAUAUCAGCGGGAAUAUCAGCGGGAAUAUCAGCGGGAAUAUCAGCGGGCACCACAGCGGGCACACCACUGGGCAGCGUAAUAGCCUUGGCAAGGGCAGCCUCGGCGGCGACUCCGCGUUUGGUCCAAAUGGGGACUAUUCCAUCGAACAGGGAGAUACGAUUCGUGGAUAUCCAAGAACAGCUAACACGGAAGUGGACAACGAAGCGCAGCUCAGAAAAAUAAACGAAAAUUUAUUUUUACUGAGUAGAAGGAAUAGUAGAAGCCUUCGUUGUAGUGAUGUAUCGAGGGUGGAGCAGGAAGGAAGUGCAGCACAGGGUGCUUCUGAGAAUGGUUACGUUGUACCACUACACGGGGGCAACAGUCUGAUGAGAAUCCCCGAAAGUGCAUAUCGUGACGACGGCUUGGCUCCCAAGGGGGGCAACUCUUUCCUGAAAAGGGGCUCAGAAAAUCUGAAGAUGCAUCGGUCAUUUGGUGUCGGAAGUGGUGUCGCAAGUGCUGUCCGAAGUGGUGUCGGAAGUGACGCCUUCAGCUGUGUUGUGGGGUCCUUCGAAAGGGGGCACUUCAUAGACGAGGUGGGGUCGAACUGGUCUAGUUGGAAUUUUAAGGGAAGGGAAAGGGACAUCGAAGAGGCGAAGAGGGAGGGCAUCCUAUUUGGAGGUAGGAGGGGAGACCCAUCUUUGAGCAGCAGAGGGAAGAGCGCGUUCGAAGACAAUGGAAAUAACUCCCUGUGGAAUAGGAACGUUGCCUCGGGCUCGUCGGCUACGCGGGGCAGCUACAGCGGCUUUGUUAACCGCGCGAAUGGAGGCGGUAUCCACGCGGGUCAUCGCGGUGGAUACGCCCCACCCCGCAGCAACAGUAGCAGCGGCAGAAAUAAUAGCGGUAGAAACAACAUCGGUAGAGACAACGGCGGCAGAAACAACAACGGCAGCAUCAACGGCAGCAUCAACGGCAGCAGCAACGGCAGCAGCAACGGUCGAAUGGAUCGGGCCAAGUCACAGGAAAGGCGAGGGAUGCCGUCCAACACAAGGGGAAAGAAAAAAUCGAUAGAAGCGCGUGAUCAACUAUCCACACAAGCCUUAAAGGCAUGUCUAUCGAAAGAGGAUGAGCAGGACUUGGAGCAUCUACUAAAGUCUCUUUACGAUGACAGAAUAAUUCCGCUGAUAAUCAAUUUAAAAGGAAGGGCAGAUGAAUAUAACUUCAGGGAUGUGAUAAAAAACAACAUCAGAAAUGCGUAUGGGUUAUUCCCUGAGAAGUACACAGUGAAGGAGCACCACCCGUCUCCUUCGUCUUCGGCUCCUUCUUCGUCUCCUUCUUCGUCUUCUGCUGACAACUGGUUGGUUCAUUUUGCGCACAGAAAGGUGGAAGAUGAUUAUUUUUUCUCCAUUAACGAUUCAGUAGACAGAUACGAUCCAACCUUAUGGAAUCAAUUUGAGAAAUAUUUACUCGAAAUAGCUAGUUCGGAUGAUCCCCAGCUGUAUUCAUUUACAGGGGGAAGGUAUGGCAUGGCGAAGGAACUGCAAAGAAGGAAGCUCCCAUUUUUUCAGGGGCUCUACUUGGGCCACCUAUGUCAUAUUGUUCACAUCAGUGCCACAAGAAAAAUCAUUGCCUAUGAAAAUAAUUUUAUAAAGCCUAUUUCUCAGUGUAGGAAAUACGAAGAUGCGAAGAUGGGCAUCCUGAACCCACGGGGGGGGAAUGCAAAAAAUUAUAUUGCCUCCAUGGAGGAGUUGAAAUUUUAUCUAGGAGCUAUUCUCAAGUCUCACAAAAGGGGCAUUAACAUUUCUACGUUGAAGGGCAAAAUGAUGAGCAAUUAUAACAAGCGGCUGUGUGAGAGCGUCUUCCACUGCGUAAAGCUGGUGGAGCUGCUACAGAUGGAGGAGCUGCGGGACGUCUGCGUGAUGGACAUGGAGUCCCGCGUGCUGCGCGGUGUGGCUGCGCGGUGA